CAUUUUGUAUUGUAUUUCUUUCAGUCAGCAUUCGUAAAUUAUUUUAUAAAUUUUCAGGAUUACACCAAGAUUUGAGAACAUUUUUGUAGUUUAAAAUCGUUAAAAUCAUGUAUGUUCUGGAUAAUCUUUAGUUAAAAGAUAGCAGAUAAUUUAAUCCCAGCAUAAUGGGGAUUAUGUACGAGAAGAGGCCUCUCAAGAGGUCGCGUCUAGGGCCCCCGGACGUGUACCCUCAGGAGCCUCAACAAAAGGAGGACGAACUCACGUCAACAAACGUGAAACAAGGUUUCUCAACCACACCUCUGUUACCUUCAAGCAAUGAUGAGUUUGGAACAGCAAGAAAUUUCAAUUAUUCAGCAGCCAAGAUUGGGCAGUUUUUUUCAUCAAUACUAUCAAAAAAAGAAGAAUUGAACACAUUACCUGAUUGUGGCCGCAAAAGACAACAGGUGAACCCUAAAGACAACUUCUGGCCUGCUACACUUCGCACUAAGCCACAAAUUGAAGCUUGGUUCAAGGACUUAGCAGGUAACAAACCACUAUCUCAGCUAGCAAAGAAGGCUCCAAAUUUCAACAAAAAGGAAGAGAUUUUCAUAACACUCACUGAGUUCCAAGUAUCUAUGCCACGGGCAGCAUGGUUCAUAAAGCUCAGUUCUGCUUACACAGUGGCUGUGUCCGAAGCAAAGAUCAAAAAGAGACAACUACCAGACCCAACAACAGAAUGGACAACCACUUUGAUAAAAUUUCUAAAGGACCAAAUACCAAAACUUACGGAAUACUACCAGAGUUCCAAUACAGGAAAUCUUUCAGACAAAACUCCUCCUUCACAGUCAGGACAAGGCACCCCAGGCCACAAUUCGUCUGGUAACCCCCCAGGGAGUUCCACUCCAAACUCGACAGUACCAAACUCAAUGCAUUCCCCAGGUAACUCUAAUGGUUUGGGUAUAGGGUCAUCUACGCCCGGUUCUGGCGAGGGCCCUGACUGGCGGCAAGCGCUCAAACUAUGGAACUACUGCUGCCGCCUCGCCAAAUACCUACUGGACGAAGGUCUCCUGGACCGACACGACUUCCUGACGUGGAUCAUUGAGUUACUGGACAAGAGAGCUCCGGAUGACGGCAUUUUAAGGUUAUUCCUGCCGCUAGCGCUUCAGCACAUGAGUGAGUUUGUGGGCUGCGAAGGCCUGUCGCGGCGGCUAGCGGCUACCUGCGCCAAGAAAGCGGCCGCCAUCUGCUCAGUUCUCUCUGAGAGCACUCUAAGAACUUUAAACCAGCCUGCACUGUUCACUAAGGCACCUGAAAGGACCAAUGAAAGUACAAUUCCUAUGUCACCAGCACCCGAGACUAAUGGCGAUGUCAAACCAAACAUAUCACAGAUCAAGCGAUCUGCCACCCCCGCCGACCAAAACCAGGGCACGCCUAAUCCAAACCACUCAAUGGGGACUCCUAACCCCAACCAUUCCUUGGGGACACCUAACCCUUUGGGGACUCCUAACCCAAUGGGUACCCCAAACCCUAGCCAGCCAAUGGACGUCCAAGUAAAAGAAGAACAAGAGUCUCCGCCAAGGGACCAGAAGACAACCUUAACGACAGUUAUAACGGCUUCUCUGAACCCUGUGCAAGUGGGUUUUGGGGAGAUACUGAACUGUUUGUACCACAGAGACGUCAUUAUACAACUGGGUACAAUCUUGCAGAUAAUCAGCAUAGAGUGUCCCACGGCGAUGGUAUGGUCUGGGUGCUGCUCCUCUUUACAAGGCUCGCCGCUGGAUCUACUGCCGCUGCCGCCUUCAGCGCUGCCGAUGCCACAGAUGGAUUCCAUUAUCACUGAGGAACACAGGCGAAUGGUAUACGAAGCUGAGCAAGAAAUUGCUGCUAGAAGUAAGAAAGCUGAAAGCAAAUGGUGUACAGAUAAAUGGCAGACGAGUUCACAAGCUCGAGUCCUGGCAGUGUUAGAAGCGCUCGACAGACACUGCUUCGACCGCGUGGACCCGAAUAAUAACUUGGACACCCUGUAUAAAGAAGUGUUCGCCAACUGCACGCCGCCUACCAAAGACUCCAACAUUGACACCAAAGAUCCAGAAUGGGCAUGCUCAUACGCAGUAGUAAAGGUCCUUUGCGAAUGGGCAGUCUGCGGCGCACGCUGGGGUGAGCACCGCGCGCAGGCCGCCGCCGCGCUGCUGGACAAGAGACAACACCAGCUGCUGCAGCAGCACGACCACCACGCCACUGGUUCCGACGAUAAAGAGUCCAUAAGCUCUGCCACGGCACUAUACAAUGGACCACCCAUCUUCCAAAACCUUCUGUUGCGAUUCCUCGACAACGAUGCACCAGUAUUAGAUGAGAGCCCUAACGCCCCUCCAGGCAAUAGACAACAGUUCGCCAAUCUAGUGCAUCUUUUUGGCGAACUAAUUCGGAGGGACGUGUUCUCGCAUGACGCCUACAUGUGCACGCUUAUUUCCAGAGGUGACCUCAUAUCGCCUACGGAACCAACUUCCACGGGCGUUUCCGGGAGCGGACACACAGUGGCUCCGCCCGCCAAUAGUACGGGCACCAAUCACAACAUGGACGACGAUAUAUUCGCGGGCAUCGACCUCAAACCGCCUAAAAUGGAGGAAAAUGUCCGCAUGGAUCUAGACGACUCCAAAAUAGACGAUGAUUUAGAUAAGCUUUUACAACAUAUCAAAGUGGACCAACAAAAUUCAAUGGACGCUCCAGACAGCCCUAAAGACCCUGGAGAGCCUUCACAUAGUGUUAACUCGCCAAUGAUGGGACCAAGCGGAAUGAGUAUACCCGGCAUGCAGUCCAUGGGAAUGGGACCAAUGUCUGUUCCAGGCAUGCGUACAACAAGCGCAGGUCCGUCUAGCGCAUGCGCAGCGCCUACCAGCGUGUCUCGGCACUACCACUACACGAUGCACUUCCCACUGCCGCCGGCUGAGCCCGACCAUACGCCUCAUGACGCGAAUCAGCGUCACAUAUUGUUAUAUGGAGUAGGUCGUCAGCGGGAUGACGCGAAACACGCUGUCAAGAAGAUGACCAAAGAAAUAUGCAAAUUAUUCUCCAAAAAGUUUUCAAUUGACGUCGCUGAAGGUGGCAAAAUCAAGAAACAUUCACGCAGUGAAUUCAACUUCGAAGCAGUGACGCAAAAGUUCCAGGCGAUGUCUAUGUACGAGCAAGGCGCGGUGUCGUGGGCGGUGGGCGGCGCGGUCAUCGAGGCUUUGGCGGCGUUCGCGGCCGGCGCCACCACCUACCUGCCGCAGGCCGAGCACGUGGCCUUCGCGCUCGACCUCAUGGAGAUCGCGCUCAACGUCCACGGGCUCAUAGAGACUUGUAUACAGAUACUAAAGGAGCUGUCUGAAGUGGAAGGCGCGCUUAGCACACGCGGUGGACCGCCGACAGGGCUGGCGGCGCCGCGCACUUAUACGUCGGCGCUCGCGCUCUAUACCGUCGGCGCUCUGAGGCGCUACCAUUCGUGCUUGCUGCUGUGCGUAGAACAAACUUCAGCAGUAUUCGAGCAGCUGUGUCGUCUAGUGAAGUGCGUGGUGAACCCAGGCGACUGCGGCUCAGCCGAGCGCUGUGUGCUCGCUCAGUUACACGACCUGUAUAAAGCGGCGCAGCAUCUAUGCCACGCGCCGCACGCGGAUACCUUUGCCAACGCCUACCCGAAGAUCAAACAAGCGCUAUAUUCACCUCUGCAGCCUACUCCGUCCAACUAUCCGUACAAUCCACAGUUUCUUAGUGAAUUUUUCACGAAUCCUCGUAAAGGUAAAAUUGAAAUAGCAUGGGCAAGACAAGUGGCGGAAUCACCAGCAAAUAGAUACAGCUUUGUGUGCUCUGCCAUGCUCGCUGUUUGUCGUGAAGUUGACAACGAUAGGGUGAACGAGCUCGGCGUACUCUGCGCGGAAAUGACCGCCUGGUGUAGUGGCCUAGCCGCCGAGUGGCUAGGUGCCUUAGUGGCUCUAUGUGGGGCGCAACACUAUCCCCAGUCGGCUCCUCAUGCGGCCCCGCCGCCGCUGUAUCCAGACCUGUUGCACCAUAGGGACUUGCAUGAUGCGGCGGCUCAUGAUGCCUUGGCCGUGUUUACGUGUAUAUUAGUGGCUCGCCACUGCUUCUCGCUGGAAGACUUCGUGCGGCACGCGGCGUUACCGUCUCUCGUGAAAGCGUGCGGGGGCGCCGGUGUUAGCGGCAACCCGGCCAACGCGCCCUCGCCCGAUACUGGCGCCAGGCUUACUUGCCACCUCUUGCUGAGGCUCUUCAAGACUGUCGACACUCCACAACCAGGUUUAUACUCCGUAUCGACGUCGCCGGGUCCGGGCGGCGCGGCCGCGGGCGUGCGAUUGUCCUGCGAUCGUCACUUGCUCGCCGCCGCGCACAAAAACAUUGGAGUUGGGCCAGUUUUAGCUACACUCAAAGCCAUACUCAUGGUUGGAGACUCAGCCCGUGAUGGCGGGAAACCUGGCGGGAAAAAAUCCUGCGAACUGUCCCAUAUAUUGGGGACAAGCGACACUGUCCCUACCGAUGCACAGCUCGAUCUCAUGUCGAUGGUAGAGUCAGAGAUAAGUGGGGGCCAUAGAACUCCUAGAGGCAGUGGUGGUGUCGGAUCGACGUUGUUAGAUUCUUCGCAGUCGCUGUCGUCACUAGCGCGACGCGUUCUAGCGGAGAUCUGUUCCGAGGAGUGGGUGCUUCAGAAGUGUCUGCAAAACCCCGAUGAACUGUACCAGCCUGACAUGCUUCUAGAUUCGAUGCUGACGCCACGGCAGGCGCAGAGGUUGCUACACAUGAUAUGCUAUCCAGAUUCAGCGAGUCAUACACAUCCAGAUUUGGACCAAAAGACGAUGAUAACUCGUUUGUUAGAGAACUUAGAGCAGUGGUCACUUCGUAUGUCGUGGCUGGAUCUGCAGCUGAUGUUCAAGCAGUUUCCGAAUGGGUCGUCCGAGCUGAGCGCGUGGCUCGAUACGGUCGCGCGAGCUGUCAUCAAUGUGUUCCAACAGCCGGCGCCGCCGCCGCCUGAUAAGGACAGGACCGGCACAGACCGCAGCGUGGUCAGUACCAGCAAGUGGUCGGAGUCGGUGUGGCUUGUAGCACCGCUGGUGGCCAAACUGCCACCCGCUGUGCAAGGCCGCGUGCUGAAACAAGCUGGCCAGAUAUUGGAAAGUGGAUGGGGUGCCGGCUGUAGCGGUAACUGCUCUAGUGGAAGUGGGAGCAGCGGUGGUUCUCACCGCGACUGCAAGAGCCAUCAAAGUCCGAGCUACAAAGGGUCGUCGAGCGGCGGCGGCGGCGGCAAACGCGGCGUGGGCGGCGGCGCCUGCGCAACUGCCUGCGGCUGCGGCGGCGGCGGGCAAGUGCGCCUGGCCAACGAGCCGCUGCUGUCGCUCGUACUGACUUGUUUACGUCACCAGGAUGACCAAAAGCAAGAGAGUCUACUGAGUUCCAUCCACGCGCAGCUACAACACUACCUGACGCACGCGCGCGACCACGAGCGCUCGGCGUGCAGCGACACGUGGCAGGACGAGGCCGCGCCCGAGGCGCUUCAGCUGCGCUUCUCGCUGGCGGGCGGCAUGUUCGACACCAUCCGCAGGUCCUACCAGCUGAUCUCCGACUGGGCAGUGUUGCUGACGCAGCUAGUGGCGCACCAAGUGGUCGACGCGUACAACAAUAGCAACCUGUUCACGACAUUGAUCGACAUGCUCGCCACGCUCAUCCAUUCGACGCUCGCGGACGGAGGUGACGACAACAAUAGGAAGCACUACCAGAAUCUGAUGAAGAAGCUGAAGAAGGAGUUGGGAGACCGCCACGGGCCGUCCGUGCAGGCUGUCAGGCAGUUAUUACCGCUGUCGAAGAACACCAUUAUAGAGGUCAUCGCCUGCGAGCCACUGGGAUGUCUCGUCGACCAAAAAGGGAACAAGAUUACUGGUUUUGACAGCGACAAGAAACAGGGUCUUCGGCUGACGGACAAGCAACGGGUGUCGUCGUGGGAGCUGAUGGAAGGUGGCAGGAACCCCGCCCCCCUGUCGUGGGCGUGGUUCGCCGCCACCAAGAUCGAGAGGAAACCGCUCACUUACGAAAAUGCCCAUAGGUUAUUGAAAUAUCACACGCACAGCCUGGUGAAGCCUCUAAGUUAUUAUCUGGAACCACUGCCACUGCCGCCAGAAGACCUCGAAACGAAUGACAGCAAGCAAGUAAGCGACAAUGGAAGCCUAGACUCAAGUCCUACUGGAUCUGGGAAGGGAAGGUCACGAUCAGCACCUUGCAAGAAGAUCAAGAAGCAAAAGGUCACAACACCGACCAACGGCAGCAGCGGGCCGGGCAGCAACGGCAGCGCCAACGGCAUGGCGGCGGCGCCGGCGCAGCAGCCGCAGUUCAUGCAGCAGCAGCAGCAGUGGUUCCCGCCGCCCGGACAGAACUACUACAACCCGCCGGCUGGCGUGAGUCCCCGCGGAGUGGCUCCGCCGUCCAACACGCAGUCCAAGCAGGCGCUCAGCAAUAUGCUGCGCCAGCGGUUACCCUUCAACCAGAUGUCGCAGAUGCAGGUAAAUCAAGGGACCGGGUAUCCAGGAGCCCCCCCUCAUGCAAGAGCGCCUUUCCCGCGCCAGGGCAUGAGGCAGAUGCAGCCCAACCAAAUGGGGCAGAUGCAACCGACUCAAAUGAAUCCUAUGGGAGGAAUGAGCCAAAUGGGACCAAUGGGCCAAAUGGGUGGAGUACAAAUGCCGGGGCAAAUGGGAGCCGGACAGAUGGGUGCGGGACAAAUGGGGGCAGGCCAGAUGGGCGCGGGGCAAAUGAACCAGGGCCAGAUGGGAGGCAUGGGUGGACAGAUGUUCGGAGGACAGUAUGGUGGGAUGCAGCAAGGAUACGGAGGCUAUGGGCAGCAGAUGAUGCAAGGAGGGCAGCAACAGAUGAUGAAUCAGGGAAUGGGUCAGGGCGUAAACCAGAUGGGUCAACAAGUAAAUCCUAUGGGCCAACAAGUCAACACAAUAGGUCAAAAUGUAGGCCAGAUGAGUCAAGGCGUGGGCCAGUCGGGGCAAAUGCCUCAGGGCAUGGGACAAAUGGCCCAAGGAAUGGGGCAGAUGGGUCAACCCAUGGGCCAGAUGGGGCAAAUGGCCCAAAGCGGAGCCAUGGGUGGCAUGAACAACCAAGGUGGCAAUAUGGGCCCACAAGGGGGUAACGCGAUGGGCGGAUUCCCUGGACAACAAUCAUUCCAACAGAAUAUGAUGGGAGGUCGGGCAAGCCAAGAGGCAUACCUUGCUCAACAGAGGCAAAAUGCUCGUCCACAAUAUAUGCAGGCGCCAAACGUAACUAUGGGUGGAAUGGGCGGUCCCGCGCCGCCGUAUCCACGCACCAUGCAGCCGCAGCAAAGCGCUCAGUACCAGCAGCAGAUGACUCAGCAGCGCAUGCGACAGCAGAUGCUGGCUAUGCAGCAGCAGCAACAGCAGGGCCCGCUAGUUCAGCAUCUACAGCGACAGCCUUACCAGCCACCGUACUAAUAAAUUGACUACACUCGCGAGCAAAAGUAUAUCGCCCUGUUUGUUAAGAACGACCGUAAGAACUAAAUGACUAAUAGAAGAUAAAUAAAAAUGGUACCAUUUUAAAGGUAAUAUUAUAUACUUUAAUUUGAUACCAUAGAUACAUUCAUAGGCAUUCAGUUCUUACGAUGAAAAUUUCAAAACACAAGAGGGUGAUUCCAUACUUUUGCUCGUAAGUAUAGAAUCAACCCUGACGCUUCUAUGUGGAUGUGAUGGAGAAUCAUAGCCACGCAGCAGCGGCAAAGCUAGUAGAUUCUGUUUACUUGCAGCGUUAACUCUCCAGCCGUCCCAAUAAACUGUCAUAUCAACUGAAAAUUCUCGCUUAUUCAAAGCAACUACGUUAUGGAUUGUAAGCGUUACAAAAACUAUGGUAUUGGUAGAAAAGUAGAAUUUCCUAUAUUCAUAAUUUGUCAGAAAUAUAAAUUAUGUUCUGUGGUACAUGUAAAGGCCCAUUAGAUUAGAUGCACCGAACUCAUUCCAAGUAAGUUUCGCGCGUCUCGAGAAUUUUGAAAUGGUACUGCCGCUCUUGCAGUCGACAAUUCAUAUAAAGAAAUAGUUUUAUACGCAAGUGCCUCCGCAUGCUUUGAUGGUUUCCCCAAACCAAAUAUCCAAGAGAAUAUUUUAUCUAUAAAAAAAAAUUCUAGCUAAGCUAUCGUAUGAGGCGUCUUUAUAAACUGACUGACAGAUCACUACCGGUGGUGUCUUUGUAAAAUUAAGAUCUAUGCCUAUACCACUGUAAGGCCUUCAGUAUAUAGUAAUAAGAAUAAUUUAAUAAUUAUUUUGAAUUAAAUGUAAAUUAUAUCGAAUAUUAUAAUUAGGUACAAUUUAUAUGCAUAGUAGGAUUAAGAAUUAAUCUGUAUCUUUAGAGUUUAAGUGAGACAACAUUAUCACCGGCUCCUGAGGUCGGCGACAAUAAUUAGCAGCUUGAAUGAUGAACCAAUCACAGCAAUGAACAAUGCUGAUAACUUUUGUCAGAGCUCAGAAACUGGCGAUCUGU